CGCGGCCGCAGCUCGACCAUAUUGGGUCUCACCGCCUGCUGCUUUCACUCCUCUCUCCUCUGUUCCCCUCCUCGACUCCUCCGCUCGCAUCUCCUAUGGGCGGGACUAAGACACGAGGGUGGGAGUCGAGGAGGGGAAAUUAGAGAAUUGAGAAGCCUUUAUAGACUGUAUUUGGUAAUAUACAUCUGCCCUUUUUUAAGAAGUUUCUACUUUCUAGGAGUAUGACUGAGGCAGAGAUGUACUCGGUGUACAAGGGGCUCCUCGUGCCCUCCUUGCUGCAUACGCCAGAGAGUCUGAAAUACUUUGAAGAUUUUGUUUUUCGCCCUGACGAUAUCAUCAUUGCAACGUAUCCCAAGUCAGGUACGACAUGGACGCAGGAGAUUGUCCCUCUGAUCAUGAGUGGAGGAGAUCCAGCAUCUGUGGAGACUCUUCCUAACUGGGAACGUGUUCCCUGGCUGGAGGAAAUUCAGGCCUGCACAUUUAACCUUGAACAGAGGGCGUCUCCACGAAUGUUAACCACACACUCCCCGUACAACAUGAUGCCUCCAUCCUUCUUUGAAGUGAAGCCCAAGGUCAUCUAUGUGACGAGGAACCCCAAAGAUGUGUUUGUAUCUUCCUUUUUUUAUCAUAGGACAGCUUCCUUCCUGGUAAACCCAGGCCCACAGACCGACUUCCUCCACAAGUUCCUUGAUGGAAAAGUUAUGUUUGGCUCAUGGUUUGACCAUGUGAAGAGUUGGCUGAAUGCUGAGGAUAACAUCAUGCACAUCUCCUAUGAAGAGAUGAUAUUGGACCUGAAGGACUCUGUGGGCAGAAUCGCUCAGUUCCUGCAGAAAUCUCUGGACUAUGAAGCGAUAGAGAAGAUAGCCGACCGAUGUUUGUUCAAGAACAUGAAGAAGAACAACAUGUCAAACUACUCUGCGGUUCCUCGUGAAUUCAUGGACCAGACAAAGUCUGAGUUUCUCAGGAAAGGCAUUGCUGGAGACUGGGAAAACCAACUAACAGUGGCAGAAGCAGAGUACUUUGAUUCUGUUUACAAAGACAAAAUGAAAGAUGUGAAAUGUACAUUUGUAUGGGAUUUAAAAACACUUAAUGGAAAUAAUUAAGUCAUUCCUCUCUGUAAUGAUACUCUAAACCCUCUUUGUGUUCACACUCCAGUAGGUACCUCCAGGAGAACAUUUUGCAUUGCACAAAAAAGCAAGUCACUGUCAUGGCUGGUAAAAUGUGUUUUUCAAAGUGCUUUCUAACGUACUGCCUACUCAAUCUAUAUUUACUUCAUACUGACUGGGCAAUUAACAAUAGAGUAUGCUAUUAUAGUAUGCUCGAGCAAUACAGAUUUUUUGGAUUAACAACUACAUCAAUUGAGACUUUAACGAGUAAAUGUUGGAUACAUUUUUUUUUACAAAAGUAAAUCAAAAUAGAAUUCUUGAUAGUUUACAUUGUUGACCAAAACCGACAUAUCGUCUCACAUACUGUUACUCUACUAUUGUUAUUGGUUGUGUGUUGUCGGUGGCCAAAUACACAACAUAAAAAUGUUAAGGAAAUGAAUAGGCUUUUUUUGUUUGUAAGCCUCGAGAAAAAAUAAUACAUUUAAAUAAAAUCCAGAUUAUAUCUCAGUUAACCACA